UUAAUAUUCUCUCUACUCCUAGAUAAUAUUAUCAACUGAAUAUUUAUUAAAACUAUUGGUUUAUUAUAUUGUAGAUAAAACCAAAAUUAGUAGUUAUUUAUAGUUUAAUUUGACAACAAUGAAAAAUCUUGUUCUAGUUUUUGUUUUUAUUGCCUUCCUCAGCCAUGGCGAGACUGCAAAUAUCUUGGGUUUAUUUGGAUGUGCUUCUCAUAGUCACUUCUUAUGGAAUGAAGUCUUAGUCGGUGCACUUUCCGAACGUGGACAUUCCUUGACUGUAGUUUCUGUUGAUGAAAAUAAAUCACCAAAACCCAACGUUACACAUUUGCAUAUGGAAAAGACCUACGAUACGAUUUUUCAAAAUCUUGAGAAUACAAUUGAUGGAGUCAAACAGGAAACUUUACCCAAACCAUCAGGAAUUUUUUCGAACAUUCAAUUUUUAUACUUGUUGAAAAUGUACGAAUGCAAGGGAAUUCUAGAAUCAAGGGGAUUUCAAGACGUAUUGAAAUUGAAUGAAAAGUUUGAUUUAAUUUUAUAUGACACCGAAACGGGACCUUGUAUGUUGAGGUUAAUUGAAAGAUAUCCAAAUGUUCCUGUUGUGGGGGUGACAGCUUUCAAAAUGGAUCCAAGAGUUGUUGAGAUGGUAGGUGGUCAUAGCUAUCCCGGUUAUAUUUCGCAUAUUUUAAAGAAACACGAAAUGCCGAAGAACUUCUGGAAAAGGCUAGACAAUGUGGUGACUUAUGCGUAUGCUUAUCUUUAUAGAAAGUUUGUUUCUGACAGAUAUAUUGAAGACUUAACAAGCCUUCAUAUUCCUGGACCUAAGGCACCUUUGGAUAAUCUUUAUGAACGUAUAAAGAUUUCCUUGGUGAACACCCAUCCCUCAAUGGACUACGCUCAAUCAUUACCACCAAAUAUUAUAGAAGUCGGAGGACUUCAUAUCAAACAACCAAAACCACUCCCCAGUAAAAUACAAAUCUUCCUCGAUUCAGCUGUGAAAGGCUCUGUACUCAUUUCACUCGGUUCCAAUAUUAAAGCUGAGGUUUUGGGAAAACAACGGAUAGAAGAUCUAAUAAGUGUUAUAAAAAGGUUUCCAGAGUAUAAUUUUCUUUGGAAAGUCGAAGACAAGGGUAUUUUGAAGGAGUUCCCUAAGAAUCUGAUGAUUCAAAACUGGUUGCCACAGAAUGAUAUUUUGGCUCAUCCAAAGCUGAAGGUGUUUUUUACUCAUGCUGGUGGAUUGAGUAUGCAAGAAGCUGUUUUUCAUGGAAAGCCACUUGUGGCAAUGCCUUUCUUUGUUGAUCAGAUGAAUAACGCAUUUUUAGCUGAGCAUAAAGGUUAUGGAAAAGUCGUUUUAUUCGAAGAGAUCAAUGAAGAAUCAGUUUACUCAGCAUUUUCAGAAGUUUUCAACAAUUCCAGUUACUCUAGAAACAUGCUUGAAUUACAGAAGAAAUUCUUGGAUCGAAAGAGUAAACCACUCGAUACAGCUAUUUGGUGGAUUGAAUAUAUUCUAAGAAAUCCAAAAGCAGAUCAUUUGAGUCCAUUCUCAAGGAAUAUGACAUAUUUAGUGGCGAAUUCGUUCGAUAUUGUAUUAGUUUUUUAUUGUUUAAUUAGUUUAAUACUAUUUGUUGGAAUAUUUAUCUCAUUUAAAUUAUUUAAAAAUAUAUUGAAUAAGUUUAUGAACAAAUUAGACGGUAAGUAUUCUAACAGAAAUAAAGUGAAGAACAAUUAA